UAUUAUUUUUGUAACAAUCUUAUUAUUAUUAUUAGGUUAUCUUAUUCUUGUAACAAUUAUUAUUAUUAUUUUGUUAUAUUUUCCUUGUAACAAUUUUUAUUAUUAUAUAAUCUACCACUCUUAUUUGUUAGAUGUACAAACCGCUCUUACUACUACUUUGUUGUUGUCAACGACUGCUUGAGGCUUCCUCCAAAGUGAAUUAUGGAUCAUCAAGAUCAGGAAAUUGCUAUCAAUAGAUGGUUUGAUUUGCGCCGAAGAGCUAUAGCUCAGCUUAUGUGUGCUGUUGUCUUUUGUUAUAUUCGAAUCUCUCGUAAAAAAAAAAAAAGUUAUAGUAUGAGCUCUCAGAGAGAAAGGGUGCGUGAAGAAGUAAUGUAUCGACUUAAAAAUAGUGAAACUAGUAGAAAUAUAAUAAGAAUGGGUCCUCAAACUUUUUUAAAGUUAUGCGAUAUGUUAGAAAGAGAAGGGGGCCUACGACCUACAAGAUGGUCAAGUGUGGAAGAACAAGUUGCAAAAUCACUUUACAUACUAACCCAUAAUGCUAAAAAUCGUGAAGUCAACUUUUGGUUUCGUCGUUCGGGUGAGACAAUUAGCCGUCAUCUCCAUCAAGUUUUGAAAGCUAUUCUUGAAUUGGAAGAAAAGUUUAUUGUACAACCUGAUGGAUCAACGAUCCCCUUGGAAAUUUCUAGUAGCACUAGAUUCUACCCAUAUUUUAAGGAUUGUGUUGGUGCUAUAGAUGGAACACAUAUACGAGUCAAGGUAUCUGCAAAAGACGCCCCUCGUUAUCGUGGUAGGAAAGAGUAUCCAACACAAAAUGUUUUAGCAGCAUGCACUUUUGAUUUAAAGUUCACGUAUGUGCUUGCGGGAUGGGAAGGCUCCGCCUCUGACUCAAGAAUAAUAAAGAAUGCAUUAACAAGAGAAGAUAAACUUAAAAUUCCUGAAGGUAAUAUAAGAAUCAACAUAAAGUUAUAACUACUUAUAUUAUAUACUUCAAACUAUCACAUUUAUUAUUUACCUUUACUAUAGGAAAAUAUUAUCUAGUUGAUGCUGGUUUCAUGUUGACAAGUGGACUUAUUACGCCUUAUAGAGGAGUUCGGUAUCACUUGAAAGAAUUUUCGGCAAGAAAUCCACCCCUAAAUUAUAAAGAAUUGUUUAAUCUUCGGCAUGCGUCUUUACGAAAUGCAAUUGAAAGAGCCUUUGGUGUAUUAAAAAAAAGAUUUGAGAUUUUAUCAAAUUCAACAGAACCCGCUUAUGGUAUCAAAGCUCAGAAAUUAAUCAUUUUUGCAUGUUGCAUUCUUCACAAUUAUCUAAUGAGCGCAGAACCAAAUGAAGACCUUAUAGCUGAAGUAGAUGCCGAACUUGCAAAUCAAAAUGUAUCCCAUGACAAUCAUGAGGCAUCAAGAAGUGAUAUGGAUGAAUUUGCUCAAGGUGGAAUUAUAAAAAAUGGUGCAGCGCAUCAAAUGUGGUCAAAUUAUAAAAAUAAUGGUCAAACCUAAAUGGAUUACAUUGCAAUUUAUAUUAUUAUUUUGAUUUUGGUUUUUGGUUUUUCUUUGAUGAAGUAGUACUGAAUUUAUUAAAUUAUGGUGUUUUUUAUAUAUGUGUGUGU